CAACCGCAUGCACACGCCAGCCAGCCAUGUCAGUGUGCCAAGUGCUUGUUAGCAGCUCGACUACGCCAUGCAACACCCGUUUCGACGCAGUAUGAUGGUCGAAUCGGUGAUGCAUCCGCUCGCGAGCUGCUCCCACGCACUGUGACACACUCACGCACACCACAGCAUUCUCUCCCCGUCUGGCCCAAUGAAACCAUGCCCCUGCCUCCCCACGUCAUCGAGUCGGGUAUCGUAUCGAGAAAGCUGUGUGGAAUUCGGUAGCCCCACCACCACCAUCGAUGCUCUUGAAGGCAGGGAGAUUGCUGGCAAGAGCGGCGAUACUGAGGAAGAAGCAACGGACCCCACACAGCUCGUCACCAGACAAACACAGCAGACCUCUCUUCUCUUGAAAGCAGCAGACCCACAACCAACGCACGCACACUCAGGCACCCACCCCAGCAGUCGGUCACCUGCCGGCUCCCUCCUUGGCCGCCCCAGCACCCCCUUUGUAGCUGUCAUCCAUCUGUUCACGGGAGCGGCUCCUGUUGAGGGCCUCCCGCGCCUUCUCGCGCAGCUCCCGCAGCCGUUCCUCGGCCUCCUCGCCCGUCCGGGGGGACACGUCGUUGCUGCUGUGCGACUUCAUCUUACGCAACUGCUCCUUCAACUGCUGCAGACGCUCCUGCACGCCUCACAAAGUCGGAAAAGAUUGAUUUCUGGGGCGGGGCAGGGCGGUGUGUGGACCCCCUGUGUGUGUGAGACCAGACCUGGUUGGCUGGUGAGGUCUUGCCGGCCGUGUCGUUGGCAUCGUGGUCGCGUCUGAGUGCGCCGGGGGAUGCGCUGUCGCCUCUUCCGCCCACCCUGCGGGGCGACGCGUCGUCCACCAUCACCACGUCACCAUCGCCACCACCCUUGCGCGAAUCUGCAAGAGCAUCCGCAAGGGCAUGUGUACCCCUCCGGCUCUUGCUUUCCUGCCUCGGUUACGUUACCGUCGUCUGGCGAGUCUCUGCAGCGCUUGGGUGAUGGCGGCAUGGCGUCGUCGUCUUCGGGGACGUCCUCAGAGCUGGGCGACGGCCGCCGGGGGGCUCCCCUGUCCUUGUCUCUGUCUUUGUCACGGCCCCUGUCCUUGUCCCUGUGGUGCUUCUUGUCCUUCUUGGCCCGCCGCCCUCGGCUGUCGUCCGAACCAUCCUCAUCUGACACACACACACAGAUGGACAGGCGAUGCGCGUGGUAGAUAUGUGCAGCCAGCGCGUCUGUCUGUCCUUGCCCUGUGGUGUACCGUCCCGUCGGCGUUUCUUCUUGUCCUUCCUGUCCUUGUCCUUGUGCUUCCGCUUGCGCUUCCUGUCCCGCUCAUCGUCACUCUCACUCGCCUCGGGCUCGUGCCUGAGGGACACACCACACCACAGCCACAUGCAGGCGCCUCAUGUGCGGGUGUGGGCCGCUAGGGUGGAUGGAUGGAUUACCUUGCUCGGUCUCUGUCGUUCCUGCCCCUGUCCCUGGACCGGCUGCGGUCACGGUCGCGGUGCCGCUCCUUCUCGGCGGCGUCCUCCUCCUCACGCCUGCGACUACGGGGCACCGCAUCAUCGUCACGGUCACGGUGGUCAUCUUUGUCGCGCCGCCGGUCAUCUGACGACACAAUGGAAAGAGAAGCAUAUGAGCAAUGGUUGUGUGCUCUGCGUGUGCCGCGUGUUGGUUACCGAAGUCUCUGUCUCGGUCGUCUCGCUCUCGAGGGCGGUAGCCACGACGGUCGUCAGGCGGCGGGCGGCUGACACACAGACAAAGAAGGGUCAAAUAUGAAAGCGAAGGCCAUCCAUAUGUGGAGUGUGUGUGUUGUGCUUUACUCACCGUCGGUCGUCUCGCCUGUCGUAGUCGCCGUAGUCAUCUCGGUGCCUGUCAUAGUCGCCAUAGUCGUCACGGUGGCGGUCAUACCGACCUGCACAACACAACGUAACACAUCAGACAUGACACAACAGCAUGCACGCCAAAAUCACCCGUGCCCUCUCCCUCUCUCGAGGGCCUCCAAUGCACAUGUGCUCGCCGAAUGUAUUGACAUACCUCUAUCUCUGAGGUCUCGGUCUCUGUCAGGCCGUCUGUCGCGGUCCGGUCGCCUCUCUCGAUCGUCUCGCUCACGUGGGGCAUUCUUGCCCCUCUCCCACCACACCUCACGCCGACCACGGUGGUCGUCACGGUCACGAUCUGACACACAUAAGACACAGAGAGGCUGUGGUGUGUGCCUAUGGUCUUCUUUCUUACCUCUGUCUCGCUCUCUGUUGGUCUCUCUGUCCCUGCGGCGGUCGUCCUCCUUGCCGUUCCUCUCCCGCCCCUCCCCGUUAGCCUCCCUCCUCUCGUCAGGGCUGCUGCCACCGCCCCUGUCAGCCUUCUUGUCCCACCGACUGCUGCGUCGCUUGACGUCAUUGUUCUCUGCUGCUACUGCUGGGAGUGACGUCCCACCGAGUCGGAUGCGCUGUGGCAGCAUCCCGAGGACGCCUGACGAGUCGCCGAUGCCGCCGAGAGUGCCUGUGCCCUGUGCGGCCUUCUGCCUGGCGAGCUCCUCGUCGAGUCUGGCCUUCUCCUCCCUCUUUUUGUCGAUCUCCCGCUGCUUCUCCUCCAGCAGCUGCUUGGGGAUGAAGGCGGCGGCCUCGUUCUCGUUAGCCGACAGCAGCAGGCCCCAGAGCUCCUCCACGAAGGGCGCCGCCUUGCGCUCCAUGAAGCCGGUGAGGUUGUACUGCAGCUUGCGGGGGUCGACGUCCUCCUCAGACUCGAUCUGCUGCUUGAGCUCCUCGACGGCGAACGAGGUGGCGACCUCGUCGUCGACGCCCAUGAGCUCGGGGAUGCGGCGCCUCAUCCAGUGGAUAAUGAUGUCCAUCUGCACCCGCUUGAAGUCCACCGGCUUGGAAAACGAGGCGGGGAACUUGGUCUUCUUGAAAAACUGCAUGACAUACAUGACGUGCGACAGACAGACAUCAAGGCGGCAUCCAGAUCAACGUCUUCAUAGGUGUGGUGUGUCUGUGGUGUGUCUGUCUGUCUGUCUGACCUUCUCGUGGUCCUUGUUCUUGAGCCAGGGCGUCUGCUCGGCACUGACGCCGCGGUAGCCGCCGUCCAUUGCCAUCACUGCCGAGACUCAGAGGGGAGGGGUGGAGAUUCCAGAGAUGGACAGCACCGGCACAACCGCAGAUGGAGAUGAGACGAGAAGACUGCCGAGAUCUGCACGGAUCUCAAUCAGCGGAUGGUUUCUCGAAG